CAGGAAUCGGCCAAUGGGAAUGGGCCUCGUCUCUCCGCGUCACCCGUCUCCGGGCAGACUCGCCGGCGCCUUCCCGCCUCUGGGCCGGACUCUCCUGGCCCGCUCCUCAUCGCAGGCAGGCUGCUGAAGCGGAGAAGGGGGGGCCAGGCCAAGGAGCGGGAGGCGCCUCUGCGUGGACGGGUCGUGUCGGGGAAGCAGCCUCCUCUCUCCGCCUCCGCUCGGCGAGGUUUCCCGGCUUCCUAAAGUGUCGCUUGAGAACCUGAAGUAGGAAAUGUGAUUUUUGGCUGAGAAUUUUGGAGUAGAGCCUGUGGAGGGAUUUCUUUCCCUUGAAAGAAAGAAGAGGGAGGAAAAACAUCUUGGAUACGGUUGGGUUCUUCACUAGAGUGGUUCCAGCAUGGAGAGACCCAACUCACGUGGGCCUGAAGCAGGACCUGGGGGCAGUGGGGAAUCCUGGGAAAGAACCAGACAUGAGUCCCUGAGUGUGGACCUUGACAGCUCGGACACACAGCGCCAGCGCUUCAGGCAGUCCUCCUACCAAGAGGGUGAAGGACCCAGAGGGGUUUGCAGUCGUCUCCACGAUCUGUGCCGCCAGUGGCUGAAGCCAGAGCAGCACACCAAGGCCGAGGUGCUGGACCUGGUGACCCUGGAGCAGUUCCUGAGCAUCCUGCCCCCAGAGAUGGGGAGCUGGGUCCGAGAGUGUGGGGCAGAGACCUGUUCCCAGGCGGUGGCCCUGGCGGAAGGCUUCCUCCUGAGUCGGGCCGAGGACAAGGAGCAGGAAGGACAGGUGAGAGCAUUCCCUCUGGGUUUCACUAACCUGGAGACUGAUGGACAGGUUAAACGUACAUCCUGCCUUUCUUCCAAGAUGGGACCGAUGUGGGGGAUGAGCAAGGCCCUGCUCCCUCGGCCUCUCUCCCCACCUGCUCUGCCCCUCCAUCUCUACCGUCAGCUUGGUUGAUGCUCUGCUCAAGAUAGAACAUAGACAAUGAUGGGAGGGGAAGGGGGGCAUUGGUUCCAAACUAGGUUCCCAUCUCAGAGUUAUUCUUUCCAAAAAGGUCUAGAGGUCUGUGAUAUUUCUGAACUUUUUCCAAACUCCUUCUGGAAUGCUCUGUGCUCUUCCAGGCCCAUAAUAAUAACUCCAUGGAAGUCCCUGCACCAGAGGAAUCUCCACCAGACACCACCCAGAGUCUCAGGCAGAAGGAGCUGAAGCGGGAAGGAGACGGGGCUGCCGCCUUGCAGGGUGAGAAGGGACUCUUCUGGGAGUUUUGGGGUUUUGUGCCAGUGGAAAUUCCGCUUUGGGGAAUUUACACAGUUUGAGCUUCAGAAGGUGAACAUUUUGGGUCAUUUGGCCUUGAGAUUGGUAUAUAUCUUAAACUCAUGUACUUAUGUACCUAUGUACUUUGAUAAGUAUUUUAUAGAAAUGUAGUUUUAAUGUGGAUCUUUUAUAGAAAUAUUUAUUUAUUAUUUAAUUUAUAUACUGAUCUUCUCCCCAAGGGGGACCCAGAGCAGUCUUACACAAUGGCAGAAUUAAAUGCCACAUAUAAUACAACAUGCAAAAAAAACCCAAACAUAAAACAAAAAUAAAAUCUGGUAUCCAAAUCAAAUUAAAACAAUUAAAACCAUGUGACCAUUACAACGGGGGAAGUUUUGAGCCAAAGUCAGAGCCCUAAUAUGCAUCUUUGUUGAAUUUUGGCAAUGUUCGUAUUUUUAAAAUUGUGUUGUAACCCGCCACAAACUGCAAGGAGAGGCAAAUAAGAAAUAAAAUUAUUGUUGUUGUUUUGUU